GUUAAUUUAGUUUACAAAGAGAAAUGUCGUUAUUUCCAGCUUAUUCUGAUACGAAUACAAAAGUACCUGAAGAUCCAAUCAGUAAUAACAGCGAGUGGUUAGAAAAUUCAAGUUUCCAACCCACUUUAAUAACCCCACAACAACCCGAUGUUACCGAAGCGAAAAACACCGCCACAAACUCAACACGCAAACAUAAAAAACGAAAGAAAACUAAAGAAAAACUCAAAAACACAACGAAACAAGUAAUUAAAUCCCAACUAACACCCGAAAUAGUAGAAGAUGUGUACAGAAUAGAACUCUCCGGCGCGAGGGAAUUACUAAACGUCACCCGUAUAUCUAGACCUUCAGCUCCGAAAUGCGAGAUAAAAUAUUGGAUUCGCGACAAAAGGUACCCCAAAACCACUUCGAAAACCUCCUUCAAACGCUACCACAAGUACCUACAUGUACCAUCGAAACCCGACAAAGAACAGCCUCUUACAUCGAAGAAUCUAGACACAAUCGGCUUCGCAGAACGAGACGAACACUACUCGGGCUUCAAAGAAGAAAAAGAACUAUCAGACAAAACCGGUUACUAUAAUAAACAUUUAAACGAACACCCCGACGAUAUUAAAGUGUGGUUAGAGUACAUUCGAUUCCAAGAUAUUGUGCACGACUUCGAGAAAACCCACAAGAAAGGCAGCAUCGUUAAAACCCAAAAAGUCCUAGCCGAACGGAAAUUAUCCAUACUAGAAAAGGCCCUCCUUUUAAAUAUCAACGAUGAGUCUUUACAAAGAGAGCGAUUGAAGAUUACAGCACGAUCGUACCCCUCCGACGAACUACAGAUGUACCUGAAGAACCUGGUUGAAAAAGACAAGGGAAAUAUAAUCCUCUGGCAAGGAUACAUCGAGGCUACUCAAUGCUCGAUGUCCCAUUGCAACACCCCGAACGUCCUGCAGCUCUACACGAAGUGCCUAUCGACUCUGCAUCAGAUGCGAAGGGCUUCAUCGGUGGAGCGACAUUUACUGGAAGAAUCCAUUUUGAACAUGCUGUACCAAUGCGGGUUGUUUCUCAAGCAAGCCGGGCUCUUCGAGCAACUUUGGACUCUACUGAAAUUGUAUUUGGAGUUAAAUUUAUCACCGAACGAUAAAAGUAAAUUCGAUUUUAGCGAAUCGAGCCGAUUCGAAGAGACCCAGCUAGUGGAACUGGAAGAGGUGAUAUUAACGUCGAAUUUGCCGUUGCACGAGCUGUGGUUGAGGAUCGAAAAACUGCGAGAAUCCUGCCAUUUUCUUCCUCAUAACGAUGUAGGUCGAUGCGAGGAUCCCCAACGGAUGGUCUUCGUCGAAGACGUUGCCGAGUUAGUACACCCAAUCACGAUGCCUAACAAUGUAUUCAAGCUAACAGCCACCGUUUAUUCUUUGCUGAAGGUUCCGUUGUUGCCCUGUAGACACACCACGAUGAAGGAGCUCGGAUUGGAUUACGUUCCGUGGAAUUUGGACUCGAUCGAGCCACUUUUGGCGGUGUUUUUGCCUUUAUAUCCUAUUGAAAUCUCGAAGAGUUUCUGGAGCGAUACUAAACUGGCUGUAGGGCCGCAGUAUUUGAAGAAAAUACCGGGUCACGAAGAGUAUUUACGUUUCGUGUUGAAGUUAAUGGAGAAUUGCGCCGGGUGUUUGAACGGCGACGACAAAAUGGCGGCCACCAUUUGGUUCUUCCGUUUCCAGAGGCUACUUGUGAUAUUGCACAAUUCCAAAUUGUUUAUCAUGAGCGAUUCGUUGAAGAAAUUAAUCAGGAAAACGUUCAAAGACGUUCUUAAAGUAGAAGAAAACCGACAAAACGAAAUAUACUACUUGGAAUACGCUUUGUUGGAGUACGAAUUGGGCAACAUCGAAACCUGCUCGAGCAUAAUCGAGACGGCUUUGAAAUUCAACAAAACUACCGAAUGCGAUUUCAACAACAUCGACGAAUCGCUGGUAAAUUGGUGUCAUUUGCACAAGCAAUACGUGCAAUUGGAAAUCAAACAAUCCCGUAACGAAUCGGCCGUGAAGUUAUUGUGCAAAAUGGUUUCGUUCGAACAUCGCUCGAGCCUCGAAGAGAUAGAAGAGAAAUUUCACUCGAUCACUCACCGUUUGUUGGAAAACUUCACGACGAUUACGUGCGUGCAGCAUUUCCUACCGAACUUUUUCACCGAUUGGAUCAUUUGCAACGGAUGGUUUUUGUAUCUGACGAAAACCCCCGAAGACUGCUUUAGAUUCCUGUCGAAUUGCUUGGAAACUUUGCGACACUCCGAUACGUUGCAGAAGGAGGUUUUGUACGAAUUCUACGCGGCCGUGCUGUUUAAAUACUCUACGGAAAGUAGAGAGGUCGUUAAAUUGUUAGAUGAAGUCUUAUACUCUGCUGUGGAGUGUUACCCGAACAAUAUAUUCCUGUUGUCGGUGCUCGGGAAGCGGCAGGAGCUAACGAAUUGCUUGGGUUUGAGGUGGUGGAAGGUGCAGAAUUUGUUGUUGAGCACCGAUAGAGCUUUGGCUUCUUUGUACGCGGUGAUUAUCGUGAAACAGCAAAUCGAUAUGUUUCAAGAGGACGUUAUCGAUACGAUUACCGAAUCGAGCUGUGGGCUUCGGCCGAAUUUGAAGAAUCAAAUGCUGUCGGUGUUGAAGAAAAUUACGUCGGGAACGAAUACGAGAAAGUGCGGGUUGAUUUGGAGGUUGUAUUUGCAGUUCGUUUACGCUCAUUUCUCGCCGGAAAUCUGCAGGAACGUGUACUAUUCGGCGGUGGAAGAGUGCCCUUGGUUAAAGGCUUUGUAUAUGGACGCUGCUAUCUAUAUACCCACUGAAUUGGCGCAGAUUCAGGAUUUGAUCAUCGAAAAGCAACUGCGAUUGCACGUCACGCCUGAAGAAUUGGACGUUUUGAGGAAUUAAAAUGGUUAGAUUAAGUUUAAGGUUUAUUUUGUUAUAAAAAAAUUAUAAAAAUUUGUUUUGUUUUUGGC